AUGCCCGGCUCGCGUGUGGGCAGCUCGCUGGGAAUUCCAACACUUGCCCAACGAGGUGCGGCGCAACUGUCGGCGGCGGCCGACGCCUUCUCGAUGGAGCGUUUUGCCGCCUUCUACGAGGUGGCGCUGGAGGAGUUGGUGGACGAGUGCGAGCGCCGCGUCACCAACGCACCAGCGGCAUGGCGGGACAGCCAGCGGCAGCUAAUUGGCGGUGACAUGAAUCGUGACUUGGCCACUAGCACGCAUUCCUUCGACUCCCCACGUAGCAGCGCGAUGUCCCCACUCGGCCGCGUGCCCUCUAGCGUGGCACUCAACUGCAACGCCCUUGUGAACCUGCCAUGCUUCACAAACCCGCUACACAAUACACACGGACUGCACCUCCGCGAACUCAGCGGUGACAUCGAAGCUGACCCGCAUCGCACCCCCGCACCACCGCCUCCGCUGUCGCUGCAUACAGGCACAGCGUUCUUCAGCGUUGCUGGGCAUGCUCGCCAGGAAGAGCAGGAGACAACCGUAGGGGCUAAGAUGACCGUGUCGACGCUGCUCGCCGCCCUUGGCCGGCAUCACGGUAAGAUGGCACCAAUGGUGUUCAUCGCUGGCCUGGCCUACCUUGCGCGAGUCACGAUGCAGUGCGCCUCAGAGUUUCUGAGCGUUACACGUGCCAACUGGUACCGUCUCACCACCACCGCCAUUCUUGUUGCCGCCAAAGUGUACGACGAUCACAGCUCCUCUCGCUUGAACGCCUGCUUUGCCAGAUCCUCCGGCAUUCCGCUGGAAGAGAUGACGAGGCUGGAGCUUGACUUCCUGUACCUCCUUGAUUUCGACCUGCUCCUGAAGGAGUCGGAGGUGGAGCAGUGGCUGAUUUGGAUGGAGACGCUUGCCUUACGCCGCGACGUGAUGACGCCACUUAAUAGUUACGUGUUAGGCACCAGCGCGAGCAUGGUGGCUGCCCAACUCGCCAGCCCCCCCAAACAGGCCCUCACAAGCCGUCCAACACUUUCAGAGAACUGGGAGCGCAGCAAGACAGGCACGAUAUGCGAGGCGAGUCGCACCCCAGGUCUAUCCAGCGUGGUGCUGGGGGGCGAAGAUGAGACGGUUAGGACCUCAUCGUCCUCAGCAGCCGGCCCGCGCAGCUUUUCGCAGGUGUAUGUCGCGAGCAACUCCAUGGAGACAGCUCACGGGGUCGUGGACAGCGCUGCGAGCUCGCGAUGUCUCACUGGUGCAGCAGCGGAGGCUGACAUGCCUUCCCUCACUGCCCCCCUCGCCUAUCUCCCCAGCUUUCCUCUACGCAGUGCCGCUAGCUCGAUGCUGCUUCCGCCCAGUCUGUUGGACGGCACCUUCAGUGCCGUGAGUGCGGCGAGCCUCCCAGGCGGCGCACCCUCUUCCCUCAAUGACCGGCGGGCCUUCGUUCCACCGCUACCGAUUCACAACGCGCUGCCGCUUCGACCACCGAUGUCUAGGACGCGUCUGUUCAGCGUCGUGCACGGCACUGUCGAGCCGCCGAGCCCAAUUUCGGUGCGGCAGCUCUGCCGUCUUAGUGGUAGCUUGCCAAGUCCGCUGCGGCCCCCCUCGGUAGAGCGGCGCCCGCCGGUGCGUUUUUUCAAGUCACAAGGGACGCACCCUCAUGGGCCGAGCCGCCACGUUGGUGGGGCAGCCGGCUCCACUGACCUCGCCCUGUACGGCACCGUGGAUAGUGGUUGCAAGGUUUUGAAGCAGUGGUUUCCUGAGCGCAUAAAAAGGGCGGGCAGAGCAAGGACAGCUGGCCGGGCUUCAGCUCCCGCCGUGACAGACGCGAAGUACUGCCCAGACUCCGCCGCCAGUCACCAAUACAAGAAACGGUGGGGCCCAUUCGGUAUGGUGCAGCAUGUGCGUGAUGUUCUCGGUGUAACGGCGUCUCUGGUGCGUGGUCAGCUGAACGUGCUGGCACCGUCAACACAUGCCGAGGAAGUGAGUCGACUGCCGCCGCCGCAACAGCAGCAACGACAGUCAAGGUCGCAGCCGGUGCAGUGGUCCGCCAACAGCGUUUCUGGAAGUGGUGGACGUGUGAGUUUGCAACCACAGUCGUUCGCCACACCGCCGCGCUGCAGCAGCAGCGGCGGCACCUAUCCCCCUUUUCCUGCGAAGUUGAUGGGGGAGCCAAAGCCGCAAGUAGGUGGUGCACCACCCGCCACCACAAUCAUGUCUCUUGUGCCUACCGGCUUUCCUCCCCAGCCUGGCCCUGCCGGAACUACUCGUCACCACGGCGUUCCUGCUCCGCCUGGCGACAGCGCCAGGCGGAGCAGGACACCCCGAAGUAGCCCACAGCGUGUUGACCCGUACUCGUCGGCGAAAUCUCAGCCCUAUGCGAGUACGGUCGCCAACGUCACCGUUGCUCAGCCAACAGCGGGGAAAGCCGCAGAUGAGGCGUACGCUGACGGCGACUACUCUCACGAUGAGGAAGACGAGGAGUAUGAGGAGUGCGAGUACGGCUACUACGAUGAGGGCGGUUACUUCCACUACUACGAUGACGAGGGUGUGGAGGGGGAGUACGACGACUACUGCAGUGAAGAGGAGGAGGGUGCGUGGUACGAGGAGGAUGAAGAGGACGAGGCUGCAUACUUCCAGCGAUGUCGGCGACCACUCACCCACUCGCCGCCGUCCUUAUAG